GCCAUCAUUAUCCUGCACCAGCGCGUCCAAUGCUGUCAUUUGUGAUGUUACGAGAUAUGAAUCGUUCCGAGCAAGAGAACCUCUACCGUACGUCCAGGAGGCUAAGCCUGGUGCCGGGAACGCGAAGUGAUAACGGUCGCGGUAGUGGAAUCGAACCUGGUGCUGAAGGAUCUUCGCGAAAACGGGCCGGCGGCGGUGGAGAAGGAGAUGCAGAAAGCCUGGUACUCAGCGUCCUCAAGAGUCCCAUCAAUCAUAUCGAUCCACGGAAAGGUGACAACAAAAACGCCGAACCGUCACCAUUGUCGGAAGACGAUCCUGGCACCGAUACCGCCGAUGAAGAUGGAAGGUUCAAAGCGGGUGGAAGUGAAGACGAGCUCACGGAAUCUGAACCAACGGAGAAGAUCCCCUUCCUCCAUCGGCUUCGCGGUCAUAGAACCACCCGGAUAGUGGAGAGUAACCACAAGAGAAUUCCAACCCCGCUCAAGAAGAAACAGCGGUUUAAGAACAACAAGUCUAAGGACGUAGUCGAUGCGGACGAUGUAAUCGACGAGGGCGAUUUGGCGGAAACGUCGGACGCGCCGCAAGGUGUCCCUGAUCCUUAUUAUCCCAUUUAUCUCCCGAUCGACCAGGCGUUCAAAACGAAAUAUGUCUUUCAUCAUAAAAAAGGAAAAACAUUCCAGGAACGGACGUACGUGUUUCUCGAACAUCCUGGAGGAUGGUUGUGCUUCAUUUAUCACUUUACUGUGUUUAUGCUAGUUCUCGUGUGCCUCAUAUUCAGUGUUCUUUCAACGAUAGAAGCCUACUCUGAUUUCGCAAAUGAAACGCUUUUUUGGAUGGAAAUAUGUCUUGUUGUAUUUUUUGGGGCUGAAUAUAUAGUAAGGCUAUGGUCUGCGGGCUGCAGAUCGAAAUAUAUGGGGUUUUGGGGUCGAAUGCGUUUUAUACGAAAACCUAUAUGUAUUAUAGAUCUUAUAGUGGUAGUAGCAUCUGUGGUAGUUUUAACCGUCGGUUCAAAUGGACAAGUUUUUGCAACUUCUGCUAUCCGAGGGAUUCGGUUUCUACAAAUAUUGCGUAUGCUUCACGUGGACAGACAAGGAGGGACGUGGAGAUUGUUAGGAUCUGUCGUAUUCAUUCAUAGACAAUGUCAGACGACUAGCAACCCCUUUCAUACGUCAGAUUUGUUGCCCGACGACCUCAUCACGGGGUUGGGUCAGUCCCUAAUAUUUCAGGUGGCGAAGAAGGCGUCGGUGCUGAAACGUCGGAAGUCGAAGAACCGCAUGGACAUGCCCGCCAGCACUCCCCAAGGCGACGCUCCAUCCCGAUACGAUUCCGAAACAGACGUCGUCUAUUACGUUGAGGAAACGAAGAACGCAGGGACGCCGACGAAUAGGAGUAUGAGAACAGGAGAUAGGGAGAACUCCAGAGGGGCCAUCUUCACGAGUCAAACCAGCACUGUGACGGAAGCAGCCAGUGAUGAGAUUGAUGAUCUUGAUACAGAACUACCACGUGUUACGCAAUUAACAGAGGCCCAUAAAAAUGCCAUUCGGGCGAUAAGGAAAAUAAAAUACUUCGUUGCACGAAGAAAAUUCCAACAAGCCAGGAAACCUUACGACGUCCGUGACGUCAUCGAACAGUAUAGUCAAGGUCAUCUUAAUAUGAUGGUGCGAAUAAAGGAAUUGCAAAGGAGGCUGGAUCAAACAUUGGGAAAACCAGGGAGUUACUUAGCUGGGAUAGACAGGGUGGGAAAUGUGAAACCCAUGACUGUUGGAGCAAGACUCUAUCGAGUAGAGCAACAGCCCUACAUGUUUUUAAUUUAA